AUGAGCUUUAGCAUUAAUGGGAUCAAGUGCAAAAACUCUACAGUAAAAGAAGUCUUCUUCAAGCUACCUAUACUUAACCAAAUAUUGAUAUGUUGUGAUGGGGAUUCAAAAAGCAACCCUGGAUUGGCUGGUAUUGAUUUUAUAGGAAGAAACAAUGAUGGCAGUUACUUGGGUGCAGUUUGUGGAGGAUUGGGGAUUGCCACCAACUACAUUUCAGAGGUAAUGGGUCUGGUAAUAGCAGGGGAAUGGGCCGUAAGGAAAAGGUUCAUGGAUGUUUAUUUCAUCUUAGACUCAAAAGCAGUUUCGAUAGCUUUUGCCAGUGGGGAAAUUCCAUGGAUAGUUCUAAAUAGAUGGAAAAAAGUCACAGCAAACCUGAGAAACAUAUCAUUUAGACAUGCAUAUAGAGAGAUAAAUUUCUCUGCAGAUAGCUUAGCAAAACAGGGUGCAAAUCUCAUCAGGGGAGAGCUCAGAUUUUAUACAGGAAAACCAAGUUUUCUAAGAAUAAUAGAAAAUGAAAAUGCAUAUUAUUCCAUAUUCUUCUAA